ACUAAAUUUGUCGACGACUAAAUAGAUUUGUUGUCGUUUUUAAAAAAAUUUAGCGAUGACUACAAACAGGAGAGUCGAGAGUUUGGGGAGAUUGAUUACAGCUGAUCAAGAUUCAGGCAUCACUCUAACUUCUUUGGGACUUGAUGAAACUGGGUGUCUGUCUACCCAAAGUGAAGUUCAUUAUCAUUGGAGGCCAUACGAUGAUGAACUUGAUCAUCGGUUCGAAGGAGUCAUAAUUAAAUCCGUUUGCUUUAAAGAACUGGGUUUUAACAUGCCAUGCACGCUAGCAUUGCUGGAAAUACGUAAAAGGAAAGGAGGUGUUCGACUACAAGUGAUUGUUUUUGCUUACAUGAAUGAGAAUCUUGUGUAUGAGAAAAUAGUUGGUUUACCCUCGAAUGUGUCCAAUCGGUACUUCUUGACUCAUGCUUUUGAUAUUUAUAACGGUCCGACUGUUAUGUUUUUCGGCAGCAGCUUCGAUUUAUAUGUUAAUACUCAUAAUGAGUCUACAUUUACGAAAAUAAAUUGGAAUUCAAUUGAUAUUCCGAUUGCUGUUUACAGCGGAUAUAGUCUACAUACUGUUGCUACGAAAAAAGAUACAGGAAGUUCAGUUCUAAUCCUUGAGUUUUAUGUUCCAAAAGUUGAAAUUAAAAAAUAUCAUGCCAUUGUGGUAACACCUGAUGGAAAUUUUGAAAGUCCUAGCUCGAAAUGCUACCAUGAUUCUAUGCCACACAAAGAUUACUGGCCAGUUUUUACAGCAUUUGAAUUAGUCGAAUCAAUUAAGGAUGAAGAAUCAUAUUCGAAGACUGAUGAACAGUGCGAGGUUGUUUUAUUUACAACAUCAAAUGGCCAAUUUUUAGCAUGCAAGGGAUCUGACACAAUAUUCUGUUGCCAAAUUCCACUAAAAGAUUGCAACAAAAUUGAUUAUGCUGAGUUGCCAAAUGAAGAAAAUAUUGCACUUCUCACCUCAAAAUCACCACACUGCUGUGUAGUUAGCAUAAGACAAAGAAAGGUAUUACAACAUUGGGACAAUGUCAAGGAAGCAUUUAUUGGGGAUUUCUGUCAGGUUGGGCAUCCACAGGUUUUGGUAUUAUUCCAUAAUAUUGAUGACUCAAAAGACUUGGACUUUUUUUUGACUGACUUUCAUUGCUGCCAAAAGGGAACAGAAUUGUCAGAUACCUGUACUGAACCAAAUGAUCUUGUACAAAAGAGUUUUUCAGCUGUAGCCCAUGCGCUUUCUACUAAUUUGCAGAAAUUGGCAUUAGAAACUGAUCGGGCAGCUGCUACGUUUGAAAGAAAAGCUGAUCUUAUUAAAGAAUCUUGGACGAAUUUGAGAUGCAUGUCACUGAACAUGGAAUAUAAAGCAGGACAAGCAAGUGAUCUAUUGCCAUUAUUUGACAACGAAGACCAACUUCCCAGUGGUAUUAGCUCGUCCGAUUGGAAAGAUCCCUUUGAAGUUUUGGAGCAAAAUCAAUACGUCAUGCUUGACAAAUGGAUUAUAUCUUUGAAAUUAAAAAGCAAUUUGAAAAGAAGCUUAAAGAAUGUCAGCCUGACUCUGGUUGUUGAAGCUCAGGUUUCUCAAGCUACUAUUAUCCCUGCUCUUUGCGGAGAACAAAAUCCAGACCAGCUAUGGACUAAAAAUGAUAACCAAGUCCCACAUCACAAGGCCAACUCGUCCAUAAACUCUAACAACAUUGACACAUGUGGUCAUGUUUUUACACUUACUGCCAAAACAGACCUACCCUUUGCAAGAUUCGAUAGAGCAGCGGAGGCAGUCCUUGUUGUCAAUUGGCAUGAUUCAGAUAGUGCUGACGACAAUCCUGGGUUCUCAUAUUGUGUUGGUAAAUGCUUGUUGGAUACACGCUCGUUGUCACUUGGAAUGUACCUACCAGACAACAUUUCACAAAACAAUGACGUCUUUGAACGAAUAGAGAUCGAGGUUCACUGUCAAUGUGGCAAUCUGGUGCAACUCCAAAGAAAACUUGAAGGGUCUCUUCGUGUUUUGAAAUGUGACGUUGUUGCUGGUGAAGAUUGCACAAAACCAAGAAAAUUUCCCAAAGAUUGUAACGGACAGUUGUUUAUUAUUCUGGCAAAAUCUCAGAUUUCUGCAGAAAUUGACAUAUAUGCUAGGAGGACGUUUGAAGCAUCACAGAUUCUUGCUAUUGUCAUUUCGUUGCUUCCCAAAUGCACCAAGAUAGACCUACCCCAACGGAAGUACACAGAGUUGUUAAAGAGGUUGAACCAUUGUUUGUUAAAAGAGUUGGAUAUUUUGGAAGCCAUUAUCAAGUGUACAGACAACAAUAACACUGCUAUUAUAGAUUUGGAAAAAUAUGAUCAACCGAUGGAUACUAAUGCAGAUUUAACUGAUAAACAAGAUUCUGUAGUGACAUCAUCAAAGGAUAGUGUUGAUAAAAUACGCGCCAGUUUCAGGCGGAAGCGAAAACGAGCAGAGAUGGUAAUACAGAGUGCAGCCAGCGUUAAAGUGAAGUCAUCAGAUUAUAAGAAAUACCUUUGCGCAAUGCAGGAAACAAACUCAGUGGCUGAACUUUUGAUGAUGCUGAAGUCAAAAGAUUGAGAAUUCGAUUUUAGGUAUUUGGAUUUUUCUAUUUUUGUACGGUAUUGGAUCACAACUUGCCUUGAAAUUGGUCUUUAUAACAAUUUUAUACACUUGUGGGACUGCAAUAGCUAGCGAUAGCAAGUGGUACGAACUGAUCUCUUUUCGACAUCAAUGCCGUUCUCCCUUGUCGGAAAACUCAGCUGUUUACAUUCCCAAUGGCCUAUCCUGAUCUUUGUUUUAUACUUGUGUUAGGUCAUUGCUAAUGUAGCAAUAUAGUGAAACCCUUUCAAGGUUCUUAGAUGAAUCUAGUGUCCUGGACGAUGCAUUGUCUGCCUUUGGCUUUCCAAUAAAAAGUGAACCAAAACUUUACCCAACCGAGCAUUUCUCCGAAUGAAUGAAUGAAUGAAUGUAUGAAUGAAUGAAUGAAUGAAUGAAUGAAUGAAUGAAUGAAUGAAUGAAUGAAUGAAUGAAUGAAUGAAUGAAUGAAUGAAUGAAAGAAAGAAUGAAUGAAUAAAUGAGUGAAUGAAAAGGAUCAAAGACUGGGCUGGCGAUAAUUCAACCUGCAAAUAAUGCCGCUAAUUUCUUUUUAUAAAGAAUUUUGUUUUUUUUGUAAAUAGUUGGAUUGAAUUAUUAUGCUUAUAAUUAUUAUUGUAAAAUACUAACUUUAAAUAUGGAUUAAAUGAAAAGAAAAAAUGAAAUGAAAUUAAUAGAUGAAUAAAUGAAAAAAUGAAUAAAUAAAUAAAUGAAUAAAUUGAUAAAUUAAUAAAUGAAUAGAUAGAAUGUUUGAAUUAACGAAUAAAUGAAAGCAACACCAGUGGAACACAACACAAUAUUCGUUAAAUGCUGUUCCGCGUGGCUCCAAUGGUAAUCAAAACGCAAUCAUGAAAUUCUCUUCAGACAAUCUCGUAGUGGUACAGCCUGGGUCGCUUAACCCCUCCUUGACAAGCGCAAAAAGUCUGUUGAUUGCUGCUUGUUCUUGUGCUUGUUUUUCCUCGCCAAAUCUUUUUGUUUGAAACGCUCCACAGUUUUUAAGAAUGUUUUGUGAAAAAUCAAGUUUACACAGUUUUUGUUGCUUAGAAAAUUUGAUGCAUAUUAAGAAAAAGUCUUGUUAUUUCACAUUUCAAGUUAAUGUUAGUCUUGAUUUUAGCUAGGUAUUGAUACCAAAAUCUUUCAAUCCUUACGAAUGGGAUUGUAUUCAUUUAUUCAUUCUCCAAACUGGAGCACCUUUCGGACGGAUUGGAUGUGAAUAGGGGAUUAAAACAGAUGCACCUCGAGCUUUAGACGAUUACCCAAUGUUCUGUUAACGAAUCAGGGCAAAGAGGUUUCACACGCUCUGACCAUAAGCUCACUUGAAUCUUCUAUAUUUAAAACUCGAUCUUCCCCAAAGAUCUUUGAAGUUUCAUUAAUGUUUUUAUGCGGAGAAACCUGGAGGCAUU